UCCUCUUCCUCCGCUGUGAGAGUCUAGGCGGAGGCGGCAGCAGACGGGCAGCAAACCCGCGAUCACCCCUCCUGCUACGGCCGACCUCAGUGUCCGCUUAGGGUGACACGAACGUCACAGUUCAGCGAAAUCGACAGGGACCCACAGCCUGCUGACCGUAACGGCCAUUUUAACCGUUAGAGUUUGAAUUAAAGAGCCUGCGCGAGGGGAAAAGCUCCCCGAGCACGACGAGCGAACAACAGGCUGGGUGUUUGCGGUGAGAGGGGGAAAAGACGGCAUCCGGCCUGCGAGAAGUCGCCGAGGGCUUCGACUCGGCUCGAAACAGCUCUUUUACUUUCUGGCCUCCCCUGCCUCAGGGGCCCAUGGAGAAGAUGAAGAGGUUUAAGAGGCGUUUGUCGCUCACGCUCCGCGGCAGCCAGACCAUCGAUGAGUCCCUCUCCGAACUCGCAGAGCAGAUGACUAUAGAGGAGAACAGCAGUAAGGACAGUGAGCCCAUAGUGAGAAAUGGCCGGCCACCCUCGUCUCACAGUAUGCACUCGUUCCUGCACCAGUACACCGGCUCCUUUAAGAAGCCUCCUCUCCGCCGGCCUCACAGUGUCAUUGGAGGUAGUCUGGGCUCCUUCAUGGCUAUGCCUCGUAAUGGCAGCAGACUGGAUAUAGUCCAUGAGAAUUUAAAGAUGGGAUCAGAUGGGGAGAGUGACCAGGCAUCAGGAACAUCUUCGGAUGAGGUCCAGUCACCCACUGGAGUGUGUCUCCGGACCAGGACACAUCGACGCAUAUCCAUGGAGGACCUGAAUAAACGUCUAUCUCUACCUGCUGAUAUUCGGAUUCCUGAUGGGUACCUGGAGAAACUGCAGCUGAGCAGUCCCCCCUUUGACCAGCCUCUCAGCCGUCGCUCACGUAGGGCCUCUCUGUCAGAAAUUGGCUUUGGGAAACUGGAGACCUACAUAAAACUGGACAAACUUGGAGAGGGCACAUACGCCACAGUUUUCAAAGGCCGGAGCAAACUGACAGACAACCUGGUGGCUUUGAAAGAGAUUCGAUUAGAGCAUGAGGAAGGAGCGCCGUGCACCGCCAUUAGAGAAGUGUCUUUACUGAAGGAUCUGAAACACGCCAACAUUGUUACUCUUCAUGACAUUGUCCACACUGACAAAUCCCUCACACUUGUCUUCGAGUACCUGGAUAAGGACCUGAAACAGUAUAUGGAUGACUGUGGGAACAUCAUGAGCAUGCACAAUGUCAAGAUAUUCCUGUUUCAAAUCUUGCGAGGGUUGGCUUACUGCCACAGGCGUAAAGUUCUGCACAGGGACCUGAAGCCACAAAACUUGCUCAUCAAUGAGAGAGGAGAGCUCAAGCUGGCUGACUUUGGUCUAGCCCGGGCGAAAUCUGUCCCUACUAAAACAUACUCGAAUGAGGUGGUGACUCUGUGGUACAGACCUCCAGAUGUACUGCUGGGAUCCUCAGAGUACUCCACACAGAUUGACAUGUGGGGGGUUGGGUGUAUAUUCUAUGAGAUGGCUGCUGGACGGCCACUGUUUCCAGGGUCCACAGUGGAAGAUGAACUGCAUCUCAUCUUCAGGCUACUCGGUACACCAACAGAGGACAACUGGCCAGGAAUCUCAUCUAUUGAGGAAUUCAAAUCUUACAACUUCCCUAAAUACAAACCGCAGCCCUUCAUCAACCAUGCCCCCAGGCUGGACGCUGAAGGAAUUGAAUUGUUGUUGUCCUUUCUUAGGUAUGAGUCCAAGAAACGAAUUUCUGCUGAUGAUUCAAUGAAACACUCCUACUUUAAGAGCCUGGGAAUGCGUGUUCACACACUGCCUGAGAGUAUAUCUAUGUUCACACUGAAAGAGGUGCAGCUUCAGCGAGACCCUGGUUAUCGGAACUCUUCCUACCCAGAGACAGGAAACAGCAAGAGCAGAAGACAGAGUAUGCUGUUCUAAGCUUUGCUCACCUGUGCACUCACUCUCAUGAACACACUCGUACAAGCACACACAGACACACAAGCACACACAGUGGAUCAGGAUGAUGGCUUUUGCUCAGUGACCGUCUUUUGUAGAGUAACUGACUAGCCUCCCCCCAACCUCUUUAGAGAGUGUGUGUGGACGUGAAUGGUGGGUGAAGGGGACUGGUCACAUCAUCUCUUUCCCAUCCUCCUGUGUCCAGCAUGCAGCCAGUUUCAGUGAUUAAACUCACCAAUGCCCCUGAUUCCUCUCUGCUUCCCUCAUGGGUGGGUCAGGAGACUAGACUGUGUGGUGGGGUGUGUAUAUACCUGUGAGUGUGUAUAUUUAUUGAAGAGGUCCGUGGGCUUGUUAAUUUUUUGCUGCUAAUUGACUACUGUCUCCUUUUAACUUCCCCACUCUUAGCCGACCUUUGUUGUUGCUACGGACACGUUAGUACUGUCGGCAAGUUUUUUUUUUUUUUUUUUUUUAUAAAAUAACUCAGUAAUGUUGACAUUUGCAGAUGUCUUUUGUCAUUGCGUUGGUUUUACAGAGAUGGAAUGCCUUUAAGUCUUUUUUUUUUUUUAUUGUCCUAAUUUUCAGUUGCAUUCUUUUUUUAAUUUUAUGUAGAGAAGCUUCGUUCCUACAGAUUUUGUGGAAGCUGUACAGAAACUUCCCGCUCCAUUCCAAUCUGCAACCUCACCAUAACAUUUCAAAUGACCCCAAGCUCAGAGGGGAGACCUUCCUCCAGUCUUUCAGUGAGCCGUGGAGUUCUUCUGAGGGCUACUUCCAGGCUAGUCUUCAAAAUAGUGAGAAAGCUCCAACAUGAAGACUGUUUUGGAGGCAGUUGAAUAAUUCGUGGCUAGGUUUGGACUUGCCUUUUCAUUUCCAACCGACGUUGUGGAGCAAAGAGGGGGAAAGAAAUACAAGCUGUGAGAGGGGAUCGAAAACACUGGACCAGCAGUAGUCAUGUGACCUCGGCAAAAAGAAAAAGAAAAAAAAAGGACUAAAGACCAGACCUAGCUUUUUCAUCCUCAUCCUCCUUUUCCUUUUCCUCAGUGAAAUAUUUUCUGCUUGGACUGAAUUGCUUGUAUGUUUUUUUUAUUUUUUUUCCUUUUGAGAGCUAAUUAUUCUAAUGCAUCGUCAGCGACUGUAAAAAAAUCGUACUAGAUCUCCACUGUAGCUUUGGAUUGAGUGUGAGAGAGUGGGUCUGUUUGUUUGUGUGUGUGAGAGAGUGGGUGAGAGAGAUAUUAUGGAGAUCAGACUGUACAGAGCCUCGUUACGCCAUGCUUAGUGAGGUUUGUGAAGACGAGUUAGUUUCAUUAACAGUAUUAAGAGAAUUUUCCUAAGUUACAUUUUGAUUCUUCUGUGAAUAAUGGUAUGGUAUCUCAGUGUGGCAUGUCCGGCUGUGUCACAUUUGUGCUUGAUUUUUUUCAGAAGAGUUUUAAAAGAAAAAAAAAAAUAUAGAGUAUGGAAACAUACAGGAACAAAUGGAAAAAAAAGAACAGCUGUGUAGGACCAAUACCUUUUUUCCAACAUUUGUACACAUGAAGAAAACAUUUCAGAGGUUUUAGAUUCAACAGACAACUGUGUUGUUUUUUGAACUGACAGUUAUGUUGAUUAAUAUUGUGAUUUUUUGCAGUUGAUUGUGACUGGAGAAGUGUGCGUCUGUGUGUGUGCGUCUGUGUGUGUGUGUGUGUGUGUGUGUGCGUGCGCGACUGUGUGUGUGUGCGUGUGUGUGUAUUUAGAUGCAUGGAAUGCCUGGUGUGUCGUAAACCUCGCCUCUGUGGAACACUGACACUUGCAGUUGAAACUGUCGACUGAAUUGACCAUUUAACUCUUUCUACUGCAGAUAUUUAUUUCUCUUAAUCAGUGAAGUAAACAUGGUCUGUUUCAUAUGGAA